AUGAAGACAAAUCGAAGAUGCAGAGCCCUGCUAGCAGUGAGUCUGAAUCUGAUGGCUCUCCUCUUCUCUACAACAGCUUUUAUUACAACCCACUGGUGUGAGGGCACACAGAGGGUCCCCAAGCCGAGCUGUGGGAAAGAGAAGAAGACAAACUGCCUCAACUACAGCGGGAAUGAGACUGCAAAUGAGACAAACCAGAAUGUGGUUCAUUACAGCUGGGAGACGGGAGAUGACCGCUUCCUUUUUAGGUAUUUCCACACUGGGAUCUGGUACUCCUGUGAGGAAAAUAUCAAUGCUGCUGGUGAAAAAUGUCGAAGUUUUAUUGACCUUGCCCCGGCUUCUGAAAAAGGUGUCCUGUGGUUAUCAGUAGUAUCGGAGGUGUUAUACAUCAUGCUGUUAGUCGUCGGAUUCAGCCUUAUGUGCCUCGAGCUCUUUCAUUCAAGCAGUGUGAUAGAUGGGCUCAAGUUAAAUGCCUUUGCUGCUGUCUUCACUGUGCUUUCAGGUCUCUUGGGGAUGGUGGCACACAUGAUGUAUACUCAAGUUUUCCAAGUGACGGUCAGCCUUGGGCCAGAGGACUGGCGACCACAUUCAUGGGACUAUGGAUGGUCCUUCUGUCUGGCAUGGGGCUCUUUCACCUGCUGCAUGGCGGCCUCCGUUACUACCUUGAACUCUUACACUAAGACUGUCAUUGAGUUCAGACACAAGCGCAAAAUCUUUGAGCAGGGCUUUCGAGAAGAGCAGAACUUCCUAGACCAGGAAGCCAUCAAGUACUUCAGAGAAAGGACUGAGGAGGAGAGGGCUGAGGCUGGGGACCUGAGGUUACAGUGCCUCCAUAGCUGCUCCCCAAAUAGGCUUCACAACACCCAGCUCUAA